AUGACAUCAGCUUCACCUGCUUGGAAUGGUGUUCCAGCAAAUAUUGUUAAUCUUGGUGAAUUCAAAACUAUGCAAUAUCUUGGUCAUGCUAAAGGUGACAGUCAAUUCAAACAACAUCGUGAUACAUUUAUAACAGAGCAAGAUUUUCGUGAUAUCGCUGCAGCUAAAAUGAAUACAGUUCGUAUUCCUGUUGGUUAUUGGAUUACUGGUUUCGAUAAUCAACCUGGUAGUGAUCCAGAUGGAUGGAAAAUGUAUGCACCUGGUGCAAUCAACUAUUUAGAUCGAGCUAUUCGUGAAUGGGCACCAAAAUAUAAUUCACUUGUAUUAAUUUCACUCCAUGCAGCUAAAGGUAGUCAAAAUGGUUAUGAUCAUAGUUCGCCUCAAGAUCCAGAUGCUGUUAAAUGGUUAGCAAGACGAUAUUAUGCUAAUGAUGUAGCAUUUUUAGGUAUUGACUUACUCAAUGAACCUGCAGGAUCAACAGAUGAAGGAGUUUUAAAACAGUAUUAUCAUGAUGCUUAUGGUCGUAUUCGUCAGUUUUCAGAUUGUUUAUUAACUGUGACACCAUUACUAUACCAGCAAGGACCAUAUAAUAGUGAUUGGGCUCGCUUUAUGCCUCCACCACAAUUUCAUGGUAUUCGACAUGAAUGGCAUCGUUAUCAAAUUUGGGGAUUUGAAGGUUGGACUAGUGAUAGGUUAAUCAGCUAUGCUCAAAAUGAAUUGAAAAAUGAUAUAUUAGCAUGGGCAGCACAAAUUGCUGCAUUUCAAGGAGCAACUGGUGGAUGGACACAUUCGACAUGGAAAUUUUAUAAUGAUGAUGGUUCGAGAAACGGUUGGAGUAUGAAAGCAAUGAUCAAUCGUGGUCUCAUCCAACUUUGA